AUGUCGACCUCAGGUCAGAAUCCAUCCGGAGCUCGAGGUUCAUCGGGUCCUUCGACUUCAGGAAAUGGCACCCAGGCAAAAUCUGGCGCAUUGGUACCCACAAAUAAUGUUACAACCGGUGAUGGCAUGACUGUUCGAACUCGUAUCGAUCCAACCCUUACAGUGGACGAUGUCAUGAAACAACUCUGUAUUAACUUGAAGAUCAAGGAACCAUACCAAAACUUCGCAUUAAGGGAUGAUAUGGAUGAAUUGGUGACAAAUGAUAACCUGAGAAAGAAGAUCAAGAACAAAGUCAAUCUGAAACUCGUUAACGCGCCUGCAAGAGAGGCAAGAGAAACAGCGGAGAAGCUUUCUAACAAGAACGACAAAACCCUCAGGCUAACAUUGUUUUCGUUGCAAAAGUUCAUUCGUGAAGAAGCCUUCGCCCGUGAAUUUUUGGACCAUAAUGGCCUAAGAGAGCUAGUCGAUGUCAUAUUCACCACCACAGGAAAUACGCUUGCAUACGCACUCACAGCAAUGCAAAACCUAAUGGAUUUAGAAUACGGUUGGGCAAACCUUUCCGAUAAAUUCAUAUUAAGAGUUGUGGAAAUUCUGUCGUCUCCGCAGUCUUUGAUAAAUGUAUGUAGGCCAGCGACUGCUAUUUUGAAGAAGUUGGUGGAAGCCGAUCCUAGCAACGUUCCUGGAACACAACAAGCAGGAUCAAGUCGAGGUCCACCAGUGCCUCAACCCGGUUCUGUUUAUCGAUAUGGAUUUCAGGUGGUCUUCGAACAAAUGCGAAAGGAACGCGGCCUGCUUGAGACUGUUGUUAACCGCUUGGGGAGUGCGGAUAUGGCUAUGGCUCAAUAUAGUAUGAUGCUUAUUAAUUCGCUUGUCGCUCAUGCGAGCGAUGCGAGAUGGGAAGAAUUUAUAAAAGAAUUGGAGAGGCUUAAUGUUCGGAAGGCUGUUGUGCGUCUGAUGUCUUUACACACCGUCGAAGACUUAACGUCAUGUAUAUUGGACUUCCAAGCCAAUAUCGUCCGAGUUACUUACCGCAAGAAAACGACACCCGUUGAUCCUGAUGAUGAUGAAGUCUCCGCAGAAGACCUGGACAUUAUUUGGACCAGCAGUAAACUUGAAGAAGAAGUGGAUCAAUAUGGUCAAAUUUUGAAGUGGAGAAAGCUUGGAUUUGAAACAGAAGACAUAUCACAAGAAUUCAGUGAAGUCGGUCAACUGGGACUGUACUGCUUGAGAAAAUUCGUAGAAAGUGAUCCAGAUUUCUCAAAGAUUGUCCUUGAACAGCUGAGUCGACCUGAGAGUCGGAGAUGUCCGAUUGGGAAGGCUUCAAAUGAAGUUGUUGAGUUACUUUCUGAACAUUGGGCGAUAUUUGCCCCUGGUUAUUCUACAUCGACAACAUUCCAACCAUUCUUCCUGGACUUUCCAAAGGUUCAUGCAUUGGCCACUCAUUUCUUUAUUCGUAUGUGGAGUGAAAGUGGCGCUGCAGCAGACGAUUUUACACGUGUGGCAGCAUUGGUUCGCAGCCAGGUCAAAGUAGCUCUUCGAAGAGAGAAUGUGCGCCCUUGGCAUGAAGUCGAACACGAUUUCAUGGAGUGUGAAUAUCGAGCGGUCAGAGACCGUCAGAUGAAGGAAUUAGAACUUGAAGAUGACCUUUUGAGCAAGAUACCGGUUCGAAAUCUGCGCGCCAAACUCUACAAGGAAUCCUUUGAAUUUGUUAGGCAACAGAGAAUACAAUGCUUACUGCAAGGCGCGUGGUUUAUCAAUGCUCUCCCUGCAUCAUCACCGCGCGAAGGAGUUCGAAGACCUGGACGACCAUGGCGCUUCAUGAGAUUGGACAGUGGUCUCAAAUAUUUGCAUUACGUCGACAGUGCGGUCAAGUUUCCAGUCCGAAAUGGUCUCGAAGAUUUACCGGAGAGGAUCGACAUGUCCAUGAUCAGUGAAAUCGCCACAGGGACGUGUGCUCCACCUCCCAAUGUCUUGCGGGAUCAAAAUGAUCUACCUCCCACUUCUGCUCUUGUUCCAUCUCCUCUAUCCUUUUCGUUACUAAGUGCGCACGAGGGUUCUUUAGCAGAUCAAAUAGCUCCAGAUCAGUCACGUUGGGCAGAUUGGACCGAUGGUUUGAACAUGUUGAGGAGAGACGGGGGCCAUGUAUCGUCCAAAGAGACGGCAGGAUUUGUUCAAGCUCUGACGGAGAUCGGACUGAAAAUCAAACUUCUUGAUCUAUCAGGAGAGAUGGUGGAAAUUCCGAGCGGUCUUGUGGCUGGUCCACCGCCAAUGAAUAACGAUUUCUUCUUUUCCGAGCUGAUGUAA